AAGCUUUGAUUUUGUUCCUUUUUUAGUUCUUCCUUUCCCACUUCUCUCUCCCUCUCUCUCCCUCUCUCUCUCUCUCUCUCUCUCUGCAUUUCUCAGCUUCAAGUGUGUUUCUUCAUUUCUGUGCUUUUCUUGGACCAAAUUACCCCUACUCAAAGAUGAGGGAAAUGAUUAUCACAAAGCAGUACCGAUGCGUACACUCUUCUUCUUGCCAAUGCACAAAAGGUCAUUUAAGUGAAGAUGCUAUAUUUUUGGUGUUUAACAAUUUGAAUUGGAACCCGAAGCUAAUAGCUACUUUGUCAUGCGUAUGCAAAUGGUUUGAUGACCUUGCCAAGCGAGUUUUAUGGAAAGAGUUUUGUCGAACAAGAGCUCCUAAGAUGAUGAUUGAUCUUCAAACAAGUGGGACUCACAGUAUCGAUGGAAACUGGAGUGCUCUAGGGAAGCUUCUUAUACACUGUUCCGGAUGCAAGAAAGGCGGUUUGUUCAAGAACGUUCAUAUCCCCGGUCAUUUCGUUUACAGGACUAGAUUUUCUAAAACAUCAGGAAAGAGCUUUCUUUUGCCGCAAUGUAUAAAUGAUAUUUUGUAUGUGUCUGAUCCUUGUGAGCAUCUGGAUCAAGGUGAAGAAGGUGAUAUAGGAUUCUUCCGCGGUGUUUUCAAGUCAUUUGCAACUACAAAUGUCAGGAGGAUGCUCAUUAACAAAGGCGCUCAGCUCCAUCCGACAGAGGUUUGUCCUUAUUGUAAGGCGAGGUUGUGGAGCAUGCUGCAGGCUAAUAUGAUUCCACAAACCGCUAGUUGUAGGUUGGGUUCAUAUGAAGAAUGUGUUGAUUAUCAUGUGUGCCUUAAUGGACACAUGGUUGGAAUCUGCACUCUGUUGCCUUUGUCUGAUUCAGAAGGGGCAUCUGAGAAGGAGUAAGAUAUUGAUGAUUUUAAGGGGAACUUAUUAACUAGAUCCAAAAUUAAUAUGAAGAGAAAUGUUGGAUGCACUUGCCUUAUAUACUUUAUGCUGACGAUUUGACAAUGUACAUUUCCUUGGACAGAUUUGCAUAAAGUCCUCACAAGAAGUAUGGUUGAACACACUGCUGUUUUGCUCACGGGUAAAUUUCUACCUAAGGGUAGUCAGAAAUGUCAUUAACGAUUUUAUUGAAACCACUAUGCCUGAUGUUGCCAUAUCAAUAAAUGCUAGCAUUUUCUACAACGGGCAAAAUUUGCCAACAAUUUUUCUUCAUGAAUCAGAUAAAAAGAUGUUACUGUGAACUAUGUGGUAUAUCAUGUAUAUUGUGAUGUCUGGAUAUCUGAACCUGAGUGACCAAUUUGGUGGUGCAAUAUUCGUAGUUUUUAAAGAAUGAUUUUGUUUCAGUUA